AUGGCCUCGGAAAAGGCCGAGCUAGAAGGCACUACGCCUAGGCCAGGCGUCUCUGAUGCCUCAGAUUCCGACGGGAUUGAGGGUCUGCAUAGCUCUACCGUCAACGAGACGGCACUUCUGAGGAAGCUCGAUGCGAGACUGCUUCCUGCAGUGUCAGUACUGUACUUGCUGUCUUUCCUUGACCGCAGUAAUGUUGGAAACGCACGUCUGGAAGGCUUGACUACAGAUUUGGACAUGACUGGAAACCAAUACCUCACUGGUCUCACCCUGUACUUCAUCGGUUAUGUUCUCUUUGAGGUACCUUGCAACAUCGUCCUCAAGCGCACAACGCCGAGGUUCUGGCUUCCUACCCUAACUUUAGUCUGGGGAAUCGUAGCAACCCUGAUGGGUGUCACACAGAACUUAUCUGGCUUCUUCGCAGUCCGCUUCUUCCUCGGUGUGGCUGAGAGUGGUCUUUUUCCCGGCGUCGUAUUCUAUCUCUCCAUGUGGUACAAGCGCAAAGAAAGACAGUACCGUAUCUCUCUUUUCUUUAGUGCAGCCUCGUUAGCUGGUGCAUUUGGAGGCAUUCUUGCGUACGGUAUCUCUAAAAUGGGAGGAGUUGGCGGUUACAAAGGCUGGAGAUGGAUCUUCAUCUUGGAAGGGCUUCUAACAAUUGUUGUUUCUGCCAGUGCCUAUUUCUUCAUCACGAACUAUCCGUCAACCACCAAGUGGCUAUCUGAUGAUGAGAGAAAAUUCAUCCAUUCCCGCCUGAAGGCGGACAGCGACGCUACUGAAGAUGAAACGUUCCGCUGGGCAGAAGUGUGGCUUGCGGUGAAAGAUGUUAAGGUCUGGCUUUAUGGACUAGCUUUCCACACGCUGAGCUUGCCCCUUUACACACUAUCUCUCUUCCUCCCCACAAUCAUCAAAGGUAUGGGCUACACCGCCGCCAACUCUCAGCUCCUGACCAUUCCUCCGUACGCUCUCGCCACAAUCCUCACCAUCGCAUGGGCCGUUCUCUCCGAAAGAAGCGGCCGCAGAGCCCCCUGGAUCAUUGCCUCGUCCAUAAUUGCAAUCAUUGGUUACAUCAUCCUCAUCACCAACGAUUCCCCCACGAAGCGUCCCGGCGUAUCCUACACUGGUGUCUUCUUCGCGGCUGCGGGCAUCUAUCCUUCAGUCGCGCUUUCCCUCUCUUGGCCCGCCAAUAACGUCUCCGGCCAAACCAAGCGCGCAACCGCCAACGCGAUGCAGAUUUCCAUCGGCAACCUCGGCGCUGUGCUGGGCACCCAGCUUUACCGCCCCAAUACCGCGCCACGGUACCUCCUAGGGCACUCGUUUGCGCUGGGGUAUCUGUGCCUGAAUAUUGUGGUUGUUGGUACUUUAUGGAUUGUGCUGAACAAGGAAAAUAAGACGAAAAACUUGCAUUUGGAGCAGAAUCCGAAUACGGCGGGUUUCUUGAAUGAUGAUGUCGAGAAACAUCGUGGAGAUAGGCACCCGAGGUGGAUGUUCAAUGUGUAAAGUGGGAGUGUUGCGAGGUCUGCUUAUUAGAGCUUAAGGUCUUUAAACUGUGUGGAGGGCCGGUGCUUUUAAUAGAAGGGUAUGUGUUGGAUGUUACUUUUGGGCAGAGGCCGUAAUGUAUGCAUGUUGAUUAUACCCUGUGAUCCAGGGGCUUUCGUCUCGUCGCAAUAGUUUCACACUAAUGAGCAAUACCUUACGGUAAUUUAUCAUCUGCC